AAGAUCCCAGUCUGGUGGUCGUGUGUCGCCGUAUAAUGCACUACAUUCUAGAUCCUUUCCGAAGUGGUCUACUGCUUUUAGGUAUUUGCUUUUUUGAAAAGGACUUUGCUGCCGUCUCUUCUGUUGAUCACAUUUGAGUUUCACACUGAAUAAGAAUAUGCUCUACGGCCACGUGAUGAGCGCCGCCCUACUAACUUCCUAGGGGGCACGGCAUAAAACUUUGUGAUCACGGCUUCUUGAGCUAGAGAAAGACUGGCGCUACGGACCUCCACCUUUGGAGCAACUUUAGAUUUACUGAUAGUCUUUUUGUACUGAUCGGGAGAACACAAUCGCUAUCUGAAUUUGAACCAUGGCGCAUCAGCUUCCGUUGCAGGUGCUAGCGCGCACCGGUACUACUACUUCCGCCGGUAGUUGCAACAUUCCGCGCCUCCUUUUUACCCGGCUGCAGCAGGGCGGGGCAACGUCGUCUUCAUGUCGAACAACCACAGGGAGGAAUUUUGGAACCGCACCAACGAGCGUCCUCGGGAGCAAUGCGAGCCCUUCGGUCGUCAGCAAUACAACGAACAGAAGUUGUAGGUCAUCUCUAUGCCGUGCUACUUCUUCUUGUUCUGGAUCAAAAGCAACUAGCGGGCUGGCACGACAAGUUCGAAGUGUUGCAACUACGAGCGAAGGAAAUUGUACGAGCCAGACGAAAAUAAAUUCGUCGUCAUCCUGUGCAGCUACUGUGAUUCGUGGAAACUUCAAGCGCCGACCUUCCUUUCCUACUCCAGUACCGGCACAAGGCAGAAGUGCAGCUCUUGAAAAAUCUUUGUCUGCACUGGGCUACAAUAUCACGAAAAACUUCACUUUAUUUCCCCGUCAACUCCGACCCUUCUCCAUAGCAACGGCCGCACCGGAUGCGAGUGCCGCAGGGUCCUUUUCACACGCCGCGUUCUCGUCGCAAAGUGAGGGGGGCGGGAAUUCUUCGAGUGCGGGAGCUGCAGCUUCGGAGGCAAAUAGCAGCAGCAGUUCCUCUUCUACGAAUUCUGCCACAGCGGGAACACAGGCACGGAAGAAGCGUGGUAUAAUUGCAGAGUUUUCAGUCUCACAAAGAAGGUUGUUCCUGGUGCUCGUGUGAGAGAAAGCACCACAAAGGUGGUGCGUAAGUAGUUGCUCGCAGUUCGUCGUAUUUUUGCACCGAUAAACUAUCAAAGAAGCUUGUACAACUCUCCUUGCGUUUUUGCGCCAUGUCUAUUCUUCAUGCACACACAUCAACUUCUUUGUCUUUCCUAGGUAAGUCUAACGGCUUUGGUAGUUCCGCGCUUUUCCUCCUUGGCUGCUCUGGAGCGGCACUGGGGAUAGUGUAUCAGGUACUUAUUUUUGCUUUGUCCUAGUACUUCGCAUGAUAGUCAGUUCCGCAUGACAAAUUAUGGUUUAUUUUCAUAUCCGCAUGACAAAUGUGUAGUACACAAAAUGAAAAUAGCAAGCACUCCGCUAUCAGGACGAGAUUUUGACAAAGAUGGAAGCUUACGGCUUGACGCUGGACGAAAACAUCUUCGACGAGUUUAACCACCACAGCCGGGAGUUUUUCAUGCGGAUUGGGGACAUGCUGGUGCCCCCACCGGCGGAGCCCUGGUUGCUGGACUUCGAAACGCUGAAGUACCCCCCGCACUUGCCAACUCUCGUGAUCGAUUUGGACAAAACGGUCUGUAAGCUGGAAUACGACCGGAAAGCUGGGUGGCAGGUAUACAUAAUCGACUAGGGGGUUUCUUGUGUGCGUUUUUUGCGGUGUCGAACUUGAAUUUUUCUUUUUGCAAGCUGGUUGCUAUGCAAUACGAACUGAUGCGCGCUCCCUGCGCACUGCAAAAAAUGAAUACGUACAGGUCGUCAAGCGCCCACAUGCGGACAAAUUUUUCAAUGAGCUGCAGCACUACUACGAAAUUGUUGUCUUCUCUGACGACGUUUUUCCGGUUGCAGGGGAUGUGAUGCAACGCUGGGGAGUCCCGGUAGAGAUUUUUUAAGCCGUUUACUUCUAGCUACUUCAUUCUCGACGAUACUUAGCAGGAGAAAGAAGGAAUCAAUCUAAAGAGAUCACAGAAGGACAUUGGUGUAACAAGUACAAAAGAUCCAGAUCCUGCGAUGUGCUGCGACAUUCGCGCCAGUACUACAAUAUCUCUACGCAUGAUGACAAAUUACUACCUUUUGUAGACUGAUCGCUUUUUGGUUCUACUUUUCUCCUGCACAGCCUGUUCGUCUGUUUGCGCGGUAGUACUCACUGUGCAUGGCAGAUGUGCUGUCUGUUUGCUGGGGUGAAAGCUGGAAUCGGAAGCGAUUUGAUCUGAACACACCGGCGAAAAUUUUUGUCUGAAAGAACAAAGUGUAGCUUUUUCCUGGAUUUAUAUCAACUAUAAUUGCGUCGCAAGUGUGGCAAAUUGAAAUUUCUUCGGCUUGUUCCCUGUUCUGCAAGAUUGCAAAGUGUUCUUGACAUCCACCAAAUCCAACCACAGGUCGGUGGCGUUUUGCACCGUGAGUUCUGCACCCGGUACUACAAGCACUUCCGCAAGGACAUUGGAAAACUUGGGCGAAACCUGGAGCGCGUAAUCCACAUUGACCAUGACCCUAUUGCCGUGGAAAAGCACAAGGAAUAUCCUGAGCAAAAACGUCCCCAUCCCAUAGUCAAGUUGCUAAAUCUGCAACACAAUUUUCCAGCUUUUAUUAGCUAGGGAAACCGCAUGAGAAAGCCAUUUUCUCACCCUGUUUACGGCGUCACAAAUUCCAAAACACAACUGGAAACACCUAUCAUGGAGAUGCGCAUUACAAAUGUUCCUGUCAUGGUCGCGCAUUUGAAUGACAGCUGGGCGGGUGGGACGUCUUUACACAGGAUAAGGAAAAUGCUAUUGUCAUCCCCGAGUUUAAGGGCCUCGGCGACGGGUCGGACCCCGAGGACACGGCUCUACUGGAUUUGAUCGACUUUCUCAAAGCUGCCAUGCACCAAAACGACGUGCGAGAAUUCCUCAAACGCUAUGGCGGGGACGCGGACGUUGGGCGGCGGUACGCUCUGGAAAAACAGGAGCGCGAGCAGCUGGUUGCUCGGCGGCGAUCGGCGUUCAACUUUGGCGGCGGGGGCAUGGCGAGGACGCGGACAGACCCAACGGGGCGGAGGUUUUGAGAUGCAGAAAGUAGUUGUGAUGGUGCGAUAGGAUGAUCCAGAAGAUUGAAGUAUUCAAAAACGAACAGUUUCACUCUAGUGGUUUAAGUGGAUUUUAUCACGUACUUCUAAAAUGUAGUGCGACAUGCUCGAGGAAGCUGACAAGUCAGUGAAGUAAGUUUCCAGUUCUUGACAAAUGGACAACGGCCGACCAGGAAAACGUCUACAAGUAGAACUACACAAAGUGAAGACAACAAGGCUCGAGUCAUGACGAAAAGCGACAAAGCACCUCUAUUUCGACGGCAGAUCCUGCAAGACGGUUUAUUCCGAUUCCGUUUUCGUGCGGCUGGGAGGAAAGUUUGACUUUUUCAAUUCGCACGUGUGUGAUCUUCGCUCCGCC